AUGCCGGGGUACGCCAAGGUUAUGAAGGAAUUGGUCACAAGAAAAAGAAGUUUGGACCUUGACACCAUUGAAGUUUCUCAUAGUUGUAGUGCAAUUAUGACUAAUGAGAAGAUCAAAGAGAAAGAGGACCCUGAAGCUUUCAUCAUCCCUUGCACCAUUGGCAUGCUCCAAUUUGCUAAAGCUCUAUGCGAUUUGGGAGCAAGCAUCAACCUAAUGCCAUAUGCGAUCUAUAAACAACUUGGGUUGGGUGAACUAAAAGCUACAACAAUGAGACCCUUUAUGGCGGACCGAUUAAUUAAACACCCUUUGGAGAUACAAUAUGACAUCAUGGUAAAGGUUGACCGAUUCAUUUUCCCAGCCAAUUUUGUCAUUCUCGAUUGUGAAAUAGAUGCUCGAAUUCCUGUUAUUUUUGAAAGACCAUUUCUGGCAACCGGGAGAGCGUUGGUGAAUGUUGAAAGUGGAGAUUUGAAGUUUCGAGUAAAAGAAGAUGAAGUGACCUUUAAUGUUUGUAAGUCAAUGAAACAGCCAAGUGAUAUUUAUAUGGUCUCCACUAUUGAUGUUGUUGACGAGGCAGUGGCUAGUGUGAGCCAUUUGAUGUGCAUGAGCGAACCACUUGAAGUCCUGCUCGCUAACUAUAAUGAAUUUGAAAUUCAAGGCUAUGAAGAUGUGAUAGCUGCUCUUUCAGGCUUGGGGGUGGGGAGUUUGCAAAGAAUCCAUUGA